GCAGCCCCGGGGCACCGCAGCCGCGCUUUGCUCCGCUAACCCUCUCCAGCCCGGGCGCUAACGCUGCGCGCGCCGCGGCUCCUAAGGCCGGCCCGCGAGAGCCCCGCCCCGCCCUGCUCGCCCGGCCGCCGGCCACGCGCGCCCCGGGGAGCCGCGCUCGCUGCAGGGGCUCGCGCUCGCAGCUGCCUGCAAGGACCGGCUGCGGAUUCAGCCCGGGGGCCCGGGAGCUCAUGCGUUUCCGCCUCGUCCACGCGGCCGCCCACACUUCUGCGAGCGAGGACGCUCCCGCCCUGCUCUCUCCCGCAUCCCACACCGGGACCGCGGCUGCCCCCGUCACCCCCGAGGGCGGCUGGAAGUGAGGGCGCCCGGUCACGCCUCUUCCCCCCCCCCCCCUCCCCCGACGCGGUGGGACGGAGGUCCCGGGGAAAGAACCCGCGCUCCGAGGGGCUCCGAGCGUUGGUUUUGCUUUGUGCCGAUGCCCCGCCGUGGCUCCCAGUCCUAGGGUCCCGCCUGCGGGGGCAGCCCCGUCGCCCAGAGCGGCCAUCCCAGCCGGACAUGUGCAGCUGCAAGUCACCGCUCGCAGGAGAAAGAGACCAAAGGCCCGCGGGGCUGGAGUUGCGUUUGGCAGCCGCUUGCUCCGCCCCUGCCAGCCCGCACGGGAAGAUGCUGCUGGUGCUGCCCAGCCAGCAGCCAGGGAUGCGGCACCGCUCCUUGCCCUGCCCGUGCCUGCCCGGCCCCCACUUCUAGGCUUCAGGGGUGACCUGGGCAAAGACCCGGCGGGGUUGUUUGCUUCUCCGCUCGCUCUCGCACGGAUGGUUUCUGCGGCCCGGCGCCUGCGGGGUGACGGCAGGUCAACGAGCCGCUCGCUCCCCGAAUCCCGGGGAGAGUAACAGCAGCACCCCGGGGGGCUGCGCUGCCCGGUCGGACCGCCGGGGCUGCCGCCUCUCCGGGUGCACGUUGCACCGCUCCGUGCUCCCGCAGCUGGUCCCUGGAUGGGACCAAGGCUGCGGCUGCGUCCCUGGGACGUUGCCUCGCUGAGCCUGGGGGCGGGAGGGGGAGGGGGGCGCUUUGCCGGUCCAUGGGCCUCUCCUCCUCCUCCUCCUCCUCCUCCUCCUCCUCUCUGCGCUGCGCGGUGCCAAGCCAGACAUCACCGCGGCGUGGCUGCACCUGCUAAAAACCAACCGGCGGCAGAGCCAACCAGCCCGCUUCCCUCCCCCGCCCGGCCCCCGUGCAACAAACCAGCCCGCACUCGCGGCAUGCGGCAGGGGACCCGCCCGGCUCUGCCAGGGGCGGCCGGGGCGCCAGGCGUGGGGCCACCCGGCCCCGCCACCCUCCGCUGACCGCCCGCCUCUCGAUGUGACACUCGCCCGCCCCGACGCCCCCUCCUGCUCCUCCUCCCCCCCCCCCGCACCCCUCUGCCCCCCGGCCGCCAUGGAGCUCUCCGAGGUGCGCUGCCUGAGCGACAGCGCGGAGCUCUACACCAUCAACCGGACCCCCCCGGGCAGCGGCCGCGCCAGACCCCAGCGCCUGCUGUGGCAGACCGCGGUGCGCCACAUCACCGAGCAGCGCUUCAUCCAGGAGCAGAGCAGCAGCAGCGGGGGGAGCAGCGGCGGCGGCGGGGGCAAAGCCCUGGGCUCGCAGGACUCCUGCUGCCCCAACCCCCCUCCCCGCCCGCCGCGGCGCCCCUCCGAGCGCCACAACAACGGGGGCACCAAAGUCUUCCCGGAGCGCACGAGCAGCAGCGGGGACCUGGGCUUCCUGCACCUCGACUGCGCCCCCAGCAACUCCGACUUCUUCCUCAGCUGGGGCUACACCUACCGCGGGGUCAUCUUCCCCACGCUGCGCAACUCCUUCAAGUCCCGGGACCUGGAGCGCCUCUACCAGCGCUACUUCCUGGGCCAGCGGCGCAAGUCCCAGGUGGUCAUGAACAUCCUGGACGUGCUGACCAAGCUGACCUUGCUGCUGCUCCACCUGACCCUGGCCUCGGCCCCCAUGGACCCCAUCAAGGGCAUCCUGCUGGGCUUCUUCACCGGCAUCGAGGUGGUGAUCUGUGCCUUAGUGGUGGUCAGGAAGGACACGACCUCCUACACCUACCUGCAGUACAGCGGGGUGGUGACUUGGGUGGCCAUGGCCACGCAGAUCCUGGCCGCCGGCCUGGGCUGUGGCCUUCUGGGCGACGGGAUCGGCUAUGUGCUCUUCACCCUCUUUGCCACCUACAGCAUGCUUCCGUUGCCCCUCACCUGGGCCAUCCUGGCCGGACUGGUGACUUCCCUCCUGCAGCUCGUCAUGCAGCUGGUCAUCCCUAGGCUGGCAGUGACUUCCCUCAACCAGAUAGCUGCUCCAGCAGUGUUGUUCAUGUGUAUGAAUACAGCAGGAAUCUUUAUCAGCUACCUAUCAGAUAGAGCUCAGCGCCAAGCCUUCUUAGAGACCAGAAGAUGCGUAGAAGCAAGACUGAGGCUAGAGACGGAAAACCAGAGACAGGAACGGCUGGUGCUCUCCGUAUUACCUCGAUUUGUUGUACUAGAAAUGAUUAACGACAUGACCAAUGUGGAAGAUGAGCACUUGCAGCACCAGUUUCAUAAGAUCUAUAUUCACCGCUAUGAGAAUGUCAGUAUUCUUUUUGCAGAUGUUAAAGGUUUCACCAACCUCUCCACAACCUUGUCAGCACAGGAGCUGGUCCGAAUGCUGAAUGAACUCUUUGCCAGAUUUGAUCGACUAGCACACGAACAUCAUUGCCUUAGAAUUAAGAUCCUGGGAGAUUGUUACUACUGUGUUUCUGGGCUCCCGGAACCUCGCCAAGACCAUGCACACUGUUGUGUUGAAAUGGGACUCAGCAUGAUCAAAACUAUCAGGUAUGUUAGGUCGAGAACAAAGCAUGACAUUGACAUGCGGAUUGGAAUACAUUCUGGAUCAGUGCUGUGUGGGGUGCUGGGCCUACGGAAGUGGCAGUUUGAUGUCUGGUCAUGGGAUGUGGAUAUUGCAAACAAACUCGAGUCAGGCGGAAUUCCUGGGAGGAUCCACAUCUCCAAAGCCACUCUUGACUGCCUAAAUGGGGAUUAUAAAGUUGAAGAAGGACAUGGUAAAGAACGAAACGAAUUCUUAAGGAAACAUAACAUUGAGACCUAUUUAAUAAAACAGCCCGAGGAGAGUCUGUUGACUUUGCCUGAAGACAUUGUGAAAGAAUCUGUCAGCAUCUCAGACAGGAGAAACAGUGGGGCAACAUUUACAGAAGGAUCAUGGAGCCCUGAACUCCCAUUUGAUAACAUAGUGGGAAAACAGAAUACUCUGGCUGCCCUAACAAGAAAUUCAAUAAAUCUGCUUCCAAACCAUCUUGCACAAGCUUUGCAUGUCCAGUCUGGGCCUGAGGAAAUUAACAAGCGAAUAGAGCACACCAUCGACUUACGGAGUGGCGAUAAAUUGAGAAGAGAGCAUAUCAAGCCUUUCUCACUGAUGUUUAAAGACUCCAGCCUGGAGCAUAAGUAUUCUCAAAUGAGGGAUGAAGUGUUCAAAUCAAACUUGGUGUGUGCAUUCAUUGUCCUUGUAUUUAUUACGGCAAUCCAAAGUUUACUUCCUUCUACAAGGAUGAUGCCAAUGGUCAUUCAGUUUUCCAUUCUGAUUAUGCUGCACUCCACUCUUGUGCUGAUCACCACUGCAGAGGAUUAUAAAUGUUUACCCGUAGUGCUACGGAAAACUUGCUGCUGGAUUAAUGAGACCUAUUUGGCUAGGAAUGUGGUCAUUUUUGCAUCCAUUUUGAUUAACUUUCUGGGAGCCAUCAUAAAUAUUCUAUGGUGUGAUUUUGAUAAACCAAUACCCUUUAAGAAUCAGACUUUCAAUUCCUCUGAAUCUUUUACGAAUAUCUGCUCCUAUCCUGAGUAUUUUGUCUUUACCGGUGUUUUGGCAAUGGUGACCUGUGCCGUGUUUCUUCGUCUCAACUCCGUCCUGAAGUUGGCAGUGCUUCUCAUUAUGAUCGCAAUCUAUUCUCUGCUGACUGAGACCGUCUAUGCCUCCCUCUUCCUGCAAUACGACAACUUGAAUCACAAUGGAGAAACCAAUUUCCUGGGCACAAAGGAGGCAUCCUUGCUACUGAUGGCAAUGUUCCUGUUAGCCGUAUUUUAUCAUGGUCAACAGCUUGAAUACACAGCCCGCCUGGACUUUCUGUGGCGUGUUCAAGCGAAAGAAGAAAUCAACGAAAUGAAGGAAUUAAGGGAACACAAUGAAAAUAUGCUACGAAAUAUUCUGCCAAGUCAUGUUGCCCGUCACUUCCUGGAGAAGGAUCGAGAUAACGAAGAGUUAUACUCUCAGUCCUAUGAUGCUGUUGGCGUGAUGUUUGCUUCCAUCCCUGGGUUUGCUGAUUUUUAUUCUCAAACUGAAAUGAACAACCAAGGAGUGGAAUGUCUCCGUUUGCUGAAUGAAAUCAUUGCAGACUUCGAUGAGUUACUAGGUGAAGAAAGAUUUCAAGAUAUUGAAAAAAUUAAAACCAUUGGCAGCACAUACAUGGCUGUAUCGGGAUUAUCACCUGAAAAACAGCAAUGUGAAGACAAAUGGGGACAUUUGUGUGCACUGGCUGACUUCUCCAUAGCUUUGAAUGAAAGUAUUCAGGAGAUCAACAAACAUUCGUUCAACAACUUUGAACUCCGCAUCGGUAUUAGCCAUGGCUCUGUUGUAGCAGGAGUUAUCGGUGCUAAGAAACCCCAAUAUGAUAUCUGGGGCAAAACGGUUAAUUUAGCUAGUCGAAUGGACAGCACGGGUGUAAGUGGCAGAAUACAAGUGCCUGAAGAAACGUAUCUGAUCCUGAAGGAUAAAGGAUUUGCCUUCGACUAUCGAGGAGAGAUUUAUGUCAAAGGUAUCAGCGAACAGGAAGGAAAAAUCAAAACAUAUUUUCUUCUAGGAAGAGUACAACCAAAUCCUUUAAUCUUACAACCAAGAAAACUGACUGGACAGUAUUCCUUAGCGGCUGUUGUAUUAGGACUUGUACAGUCUCUUAACAGGCAAAAACAGAAGCAAAUCCUUAAUGAGAACAAUAACUCCGGCAUCAUAAAGGGACAUUAUAACCGGCGGACUUUGCUAACUUCCAGUGGACCAGAGGCAGUGACCCAAGCAGAGGGCUCUGACAAAACUGAACUGCCAUAAUAAACAUUUUGUUUGUGUUCUUUUUUUUAAUUUCUUUUAUAUAUAAAAUAAAUAUACAAAUAAAAAGGGUUUAAUUUUUUUUAGAAGUAUGAUUUUUUUUUCCUUUUCGUACAACGUUCAUGCAAAACGUAAGUCACCAGCAGUUUCAGGAACUAGUAAUGGACUGAGAGACCUCUAGUCAUUACUUAGUCUUAGUUAUCCAUUGUACUACCAUAGUAAGCUAGAAGCCCCAUCUAAGAUCAGGGUCCCAUUGUGCUAGUCAUCGCACAAGCCCCUAAUAAAAGAGAAUCCCGACCCAGAAGAGUUUAGAAUCUAAAGAGACCUAACCGACUACAUGGAGAGG